AUGUUUAAAAGCUCUGCCAAACCUCUUGCAGGUGAGGUCAAAAAGCAAGGCAAUUUAGUGAAAAGAUCACAGAACAAGAAAAGGUUUAGUUUAGUCAACUACAAGAGUCGAUGGUUCGUCCUUACCACAAAGUUCCUCGCCUACUACGAGGGCGAAUGCGAGAAUCGCAAAGGAAAAGAAAAGGGACGUGUCGACCUCCAAACAGUGAAAGUUGUGGAAGCUGUUGAUCAAGCACCUGACACACCUGCUAUCGGUCCAUUGGCAAAUUUUACAGGUUCAAUCCCAAGUGAUUUGAAGGGCUCCCCAGCUUUUCAGAUAGUGUACAAUCCUUAUGAGUGUAAUGAAGGUUGUAGUGCAACAGAUUUGACACUUUGCAUCUUCACUCCAACUCAGCAAGAAAGGGACACUUGGCUUUGGAAUAUCAGAGUCGUGGUCAAAGACAGUGCACCUCUUGUGAAUGUGUAUCACCCUGCCCUGUGGGGGAAUAGAAGUUAUCUCUGCUGUGGAUCGACCCAAAGGUCCACAUCUAAGGCGACCAACGGUUGCCGUUCUGUAACCUGGUCCCCCAAUACACUUCAACACAUGGGCAUCAAUUUCAGCAACAUUAUUCACCAUCCGUCCCCUUCACCAAGUCCUGUCGCAAAACCCGCGAAUGGGGCUGAAGUUGAGACGAUGGUCAAACCUGCGGCGAUCAAACCCACGACGGAAAGCCAUCCGGCGAUCGUCGGGGAUGUUGUUCCUGCAUCCCCCUCCACUUCUCACAACGCCAUCGUCGCUUUAGGUUCUUCCAUUCCAACAGAACCCACCAUCGUGCCCAAGAAGGUUGUGGCCCUUUAUCCAUUCCAGGCUAUCGAAAGCGGGGACAUAUCUCUAGAAAAGGGCGAAGAAUACGAAGUGGUUGACGAUUCUCAGGAACACUGGUGGAAAGUGCGCGAUAAAUUCGGAGGAAUCGGCUACAUUCCAUCCAAUUAUGUAAAGGAGAAGGAACUCAUUGGGUUGCAAAAAUAUGAUUGGUACGUAGGAGAUAUGUCCCGCCAGCGGGCGGAAAACGUGCUAAAACACGAAGAUCGCGAAGGUUGUUUUGUCAUCCGAAAUUCUUCCACCAAGGGAAUGUAUACCCUCUCCUUGUUCACAAAAAUACCCACCCCACAAGUCAAGCAUUAUCACAUCAAACAAAACAGCAAGCUGGAGUUUUUCUUAUCGGAGAAACACUGUUGUCCCACGAUCGCCGAGCUGGUCAACUAUCAUCGUCACAAUAGCGGUGGAUUGGCCUGCCGGUUAAAAAUGCCACCAGUGGGCGAUAGAUCCAUCCCAGCCACAGCGGGAUUGAGUCACGACAAAUGGGAGAUCGACCCGUCCGAGUUGACCUUAUUAGAAGAACUGGGUUCUGGCCAGUUUGGCGUUGUGAGAAGAGGAAAGUGGCGUGCCAAAAUGGAAGUCGCUAUCAAAAUGAUGAAAGAAGGGACCAUGAGCGAAGAUGACUUUAUAGACGAAGCCAAAGUCAUGACGAAGUUGCAGCAUCAGAAUUUGGUGCAGCUGUACGGCGUUUGCACUAAGCAUCGGCCUAUAUUUAUCGUGACCGAAUACCUCAAGCACGGUUCUUUACUGAUGUACUUGCGGAAGCAUGAAACCACACUGACAGGAAAUUACGGCAUGCUCCUUGAUACUUGCAUACAGGUCUGCAAGGGUAUGGCUUAUCUGGAGCGCCAUAAUUACAUUCAUCGUGACUUAGCCGCUAGGAAUUGUCUAGUGGGUGUGGAGAACGUUGUGAAAGUAGCCGAUUUUGGGCUAGCAAGGUACGUGUUGGAUGAUGAAUACACAAGUAGCGGCGGAGCCAAGUUUCCCAUAAAAUGGGCCCCUCCGGAAGUGCUACACUACACGAGAUUUUCUUCCAAAUCCGACGUUUGGGCUUAUGGUGUGCUGAUGUGGGAAGUUUUCACCUGCGGGAAAAUGCCCUACGGACGGUUGAAAAAUGCUGAAGUUGUGGAACGCGUUCAGCGUGGUAUUGUGCUAGAGAGGCCGCCGCGAUGUCCAGAAAAAAUAUACGCGGUGAUGCAAAUGUGCUGGGCACACAACGCUGAUGAUCGUCCAUCCUUUCGAGGGCUUAAAGAUGAACUCAAACUGCUUGAACUCGACUAACCUUCAACUUUAGAAUGGUGUCUGCUCAUUUCUUUAUACAUGGUGAGGAAAUCGUGUUUAUUUUUCCAAAAUGCUAUAUCCCUCGAUUGAUGGUGUUAUAAGUGCUCAGGAUGUUUGACAUGAACCACAAAAUAUUUGUGGAACGCCCAUUUCCCCUCUUAUGUAUCUCAUAACAGCGGAAAUUAUUUUCCAUGAGUGCAACAAUCAAAUGUAGAGAAUGUUAAUGUGUUCCGAUUUUUUGUUUUGCUGAUGAAUAUGUAUCCUCUUUGCUCUUUCAUCUUACACGAUUUAUCGUGUGCAAGUUGUUUUUAUGUGCGAUAAAUUCUGGCUUCAGCGUCUUUUUUUAAUAAAAUGGUGAGUGAUUUUUACUGUAAUACAUUGCUAACUGUA